AUGAAGGUCGCCACUUUCCUCUCUCUCUUACCCCUGGUUUUUGCUGCUCCAGCACACCUUCAGAAACGCGCUGGACCUACGGUCGUUGCACCCUCCCCACAGGCCACAGUGCUCGGCAAGAGCGCCUCCAACAUAGAGUCCUUCAAUGCGAUUCCCUACGCUCAGCCGCCGGUCGGACAGCUUCGUCUCAAGCCACCUCAGCCAUUGACCUCCAGCCUGGGUACCAUUGAUGGCAGUGGCUCUGCCAGGGCCUGCCCUCAGUUCUUCUUCUCAGUUGAUCCAGCGGCAUUUCCCACCAAUGUCAUUGGUACCAUCUUGAACACGCCGCUUUUCCAGGCCGUCUCCGAUGCUGGAGAGGAUUGCUUGACCAUCAACGUACAACGACCAGCAGGUACAAAGGCGGAUGCCAACCUCCCGGUGCUGUUCUGGAUCUUUGGUGGAGGAUUUGAACUGGGCGGGACGGCAAUGUACGAUGGCACGUCCAUUGUAGCAGACUCUGUUGCUCAGGGAAAGCCAGUCAUCUUUGUAGCUGUCAACUACCGUGUUGGAGGCUUCGGCUUCCUCCCUGGCAAGGAGAUCCUUGCAGAUGGCUCUUCUAACUUGGGCUUGCUUGAUCAGCGAUUAGGUCUCCAAUGGGUCGCGGACAACAUCGCAGCUUUUGGUGGUGAUCCCACCAAGGUCACUAUCUGGGGCGAAAGCGCCGGAGCGAUCUCUGUGAUGGAUCAGAUGCUGUUAUACAACGGAGACCACACCUACAAUGGCAAACCGCUUUUCAGAGCUGGUAUCAUGAACAGUGGUUCAGUCGUGCCUGCGGAUCCUGUUGACUGCCCGAAGGGGCAACUAAUCUACGAUACGGUCGUCAAGGCAGCUGGCUGCUCCGGCUCGUCCGACACUCUCGCCUGUCUCCGUCAAGUCCCUUACAACAAGUAUCUACAAGCCGCCAACUCCGUUCCUGGAAUCCUCAGCUACUUCACCGUCAAUCUAUCGUACCUGCCACGUCCGGACGGCACAGCGAUCACUCAGUCCCCUGAGCUUCUGGUCGCAUCUGGCAAAUAUGCUAAAGUCCCCUUCAUUGUCGGGGACCAAGAAGAUGAAGGCACGCUUUUCGGCCUCUUCACGCCAAACCUGACCACCACCCGCGAAUUAUCUACAUACUUCUCGACUGUCUUCUUCAAUAACGCACAAUCUACGCAGAUCGACCAACUCAUCGACACGUAUCAGACCAUCACUGAAGACGGCAGUCCCUUCCGCACAGGGCUAUUAAACAACUGGUACCCCCAAUUUAAGCGCAUCUCCGCCAUCCUCGGCGACCUGACAUUCACACUCACACGGCGCAUUUUCCUCGAAGUAGCUUCCCAAGUCAACCCCGACGUGAAGUCGUGGUCCUACCUUGCUACCUACGAUUACGGCACCCCGAUCCUAGGCACGUUCCACGGCUCGGAUCUGUUGCAGGUGUUCUACGGUAUCCUGCCCAACAAUGCGGCCAAGUCGAUCAGAGGGUACUACUACAACUUUAUUUAUAAUUUGGAUCCGAACGUGGGUAUUUCGCUGCCGAGUUGGCCACAGUGGAGCACGAGUAAGAGGUUGAUGGAGUUCAAGGCGAACAGUAAUGAUCAGCUGGAUGAUAACUUCAGGGCGGAUACGUAUGAGUUCUUGAAGGCGAAUGUGAACUCGCUUCGAGUCUGAUUGAUAGGGUAUAGUUUUCGAG